AUGGCCUCUUCAUCUUUUCAGUUUUUUUCAGACAACCAUCAAGUGCAAUUCCAGGAGACUCAGGAAACUGAUCAUAUGAACUUAUCAUAUUUUCAAUUUUUUUUAGAGAAUUAUCAAGAACAAUAUCAAGAUCAUCUAGGAGGAUAUCAAGUAAAUAAUCAUAUUACUUUAGAGAAUCAACAAAAACGAUAUCAAGAAACUGAUAUUCACUCAGAGACCCAUCAAGAAGGAUAUCAGCUUCUCUUAGAGAAUCAUAAUGAACAAUAUAAUGAAAUUUCCUAUAAUGCCAAAUCUAUUUCCCUUCCCGAAGAAAAAGAACCUAAGCUCAAUGAAAAAGAGUCACAAUUCAAUGAAAGAGAGUCCCUUCUCAGUAAAAGAGAAUUGUUGCUCAAUGAAAGAGAGUCCCAAAUCAAUAAAAGAGAGUCUCAGCUUAACGAAAAAGAGUCUCAGCUUACCGAAAAAGAGUCUCAGCUCAAUAAAAAAGAGUUUCAGCUCAAGGAAGAGGUGUCUCAACAGAAGACAGCCAAUGCUUUCCUUGUUUACCUCAGGGACAUACUUGUUGCAUGUGAUAUCUGUCGUGGCCGGAAAAAAAGAUGUGUUGGAG